AUGGAAACAAGCGACGAUGAACAAGGGCAAAAGCCUUUACUUUUCUCCACAGAAGAACCUCGGCCAAAAGAAUCCGGAGUAGUCGGUGUGCUAAAGGCGAAGAAAUGGGUAGUUGUAUUUGCAUUCGCUGGCGUUCUGGCCAUCGCUAUUAUUGUUGGUUUUGUCGCCACUAAAUCGUCACAUUCUGGCUGUUCGUCCUACGCAGACAGUGAAAAAUGCUUCUUCACAGGCGAAAUUCGUUUGCCCACUGUUUUGAAACCGUUAACGUACAAAGUACGCUUGCAUCCGAACUUAACAACGUUCAAAUUUGAUGGAAGCGUUACUAUUGUGGUUCAAGCUUUAGACGAUACCAACCGAAUCGUAUUCCAUCAAAAAGGUUUAAACUUUAGCAAAGAGGAUAUUUCAAUAUAUGGAGUAUUAAAGAAUGGCUCUCCGAAUAAAGGCAAAAGCAUAGCUGUCCGUGAAUUGCGCUUCGACCCCAAAGACGAACAAGUGAUCAUUAAGACCGCUGUAGAUCUUCAAAAAAAUGGAGAAUAUGCUAUCGAAAUUACCAAAUUCAAGGGAAAUUUAAACGAAAAAUUAGAGGGCUUUUAUAAGAGUUCUUAUAAAAAUAAAGCCGGCAAAAUAAGGUGA